GGUCGAAUACAUCGUCACAUGCAUUAUAAUGACGUCACCGCGGAAUUCAGUUUUGUUCAAGUUUCAAAAUGGCAGCGACGAAGCAAAGCGAAAGUAGCGAAAGUCCUACAAAUUUUCGUCAAAAUUCAUCGAAACAGAGUGUUUUCGAAGAUGAUUUCAUGUAUGGCGUCACCGUUGCACAAUCAAGCAUUGAUUAUCGUUUAGGAUUUCUCCGAAAGGUUUAUGGAAUCCUUACUCUUCAGUUGGCUCUUACAAUUGUUGUUGCCGCAACUUUUAUGUCCGUUGAACCAGUUAAGAUGUUUGUACAAGGAAGUCCCUUUCUGCUCAUUGUUUCUGUAUUUAUGUCUUUUGGACUCCUUAUUGCACUGGCUGUGAAGAGACGUGAAAGUCCUAUCAACAUGUAUCUUCUUGUUGCAUUUACAUUUGCAGAAUCGUACAGCAUUGGUACAGUAGUUACAUUGUAUGAUGUUCAGAUUGUCAUUCAAGCAUUUCUACUUACAAUAACUACAACAUUGGCUCUGACACUUUAUACCUUUCAAAGCAAGAGAGAUUUUAGCAGUUGGGGUGCAGCGCUUUCUUCUACUCUUUGGAUAUUGAUUCUUGCUGGAAUAUUGCAGAUUUUCAUGCAAAAUGACAUUACCGAGCUUGCCAUUGCCAUUGCUGGAGCUGUUGUGUUUUCAUUGUUCAUUGUGUAUGACACGCAUCUUCUAAUGCAUAAAUUAUCUCCAGAGGAAUACAUUUUGGCCUCGAUCAACCUUUAUCUUGACAUCCUUAAUCUCUUUAUGGAAAUACUUAAGAUCCUCAAUGCUCUCAACAGGAAAAAUUAAUUAUUGAUUUUUCAUGCACUUGACAAUAAAUGCGCAUAAAAUAUAAAAGUAGUCAAGAAGAGAUCAAAAUAUUGCUGUUUAUUGUAAUUCAAAAUAUAUUCAACAUGCAACAUCAGCACUAAAAUUUAAAUAAAUUUUUUCAUUUCAAUGAAUAUUACAUGAUAAGCUAUGGUCACUGUAAAAAAUAUAAUUAGUGUUUAAACCAGGAAUUUGUUAAAAUAUUUCAUUUGAAUGAGGCAAUAGGAUCAUUUAUUGGUCGUUCUUGAAA